AUGUCUGCCGAACAGAAUCACGGACUCGAGAAGGAUGUCGGUGCCCCUGCUGCCCCUGCUCCCGCGGCCCCCAAUGCGCCUAUGGGAGUCAACGGCGGUCUUCCUGGCGGCAUGACUGCUGAGGAGCACCGAUCGCGCUUUGGCUACGGUCCCCUGUCGCACGUCAACACCCAGGAGGCUGUUCUUCGCCCAUUCGGUGGUGAGUUCCAGCCCGGUCUGUACAAGUCGGUCGAGACGCGCAAGUUCGCCAACCCAGCUCCGCUUGGUCUGUGUGCUUUCGCCUUGACCACUUUCGUCCUGAGCUGUAUCAACAUGGGAGCGCGGGAUAUCAGUGCACCCAACAUUGUCAUCGCCUUGGCUUUUGGUUAUGGUGGUCUCGUCCAGCUGCUUGCUGGCAUGUGGGAAAUGGCUAUUGGAAACACUUUUGGUGCCACUGCUCUGUCCUCUUAUGGUGGCUUUUGGCUCGCCUUUGCCAUUGUCCUCACUCCCGGUGGUUUCAACAUCCAGAGCGCUCUCACGGAAAAUGGCGAUGAGACGAUGUUCUACAACUCGUUCGGAUUGUUCCUGAUGGGCUGGUUCAUCUUCACCACCAUCAUGCUCUUCUGCACCCUGCGAUCAACCGUCGCCUUCUUCUCCCUGUUCUUUUUCCUGGACAUCACCUUCCUGCUCCUCGGUGUCGGUUACAUCCAGCGUAACGAUGCUGGUGUCCCCAACCCUCCCGUUAUCAAGGCCGGCGGUUUCUUCGGUCUUCUGGCUGCCUUUGCUGCUUGGUAUAACGCCCUCGCCGGUAUUGCCGACAGCAGCAACAGCUUCUUCGUCAUCCCCGUCGCCCACUUCCCGUGGUCGCCGACCGGCCGUGCUCGUCGCGACAAGACCGAGCGCGAGACUGUCUAA